GUGCUCCCCUCUCCCGGGGCUCCUCCGUGCCGCGGGACCCGCCGUGACCCCGGCCGGGGGAACACGGUGCGGCCCCGCGCCUGCCGUGCGGUGUAAGAGGGAGAGGGGGAGGCCGUAGGAAAACCCCGUUCUUGCAAAAAUGCAGCUCGCUCUUUUCUUGUCCUGGUGCUGCUGCCUGCAUGGAUGCGCGCUGGGCACUGGCUUCCUCUAUCAAUUCCCAGCAUCAACCCUGCAGCACAACUACCCAGAGCAGAGCUCCGGCUCGCCGGGCAGCGGCUUCGCCAGUCGCCGGCACUGGUGUCACUACACGGUCACAAGGACAGUCUCCUGCCAGGUGCAGAACGGGUCAGAAACGGUGAUCCAGAGAGUUUAUCAGAGCUGCCGGUGGCCAGGACCUUGUGCCAACUUAGUGAGUUACAGGACUCUCAUCAGGCCCACGUACAAAAUGUCCUACAGAACUGUGACCACGCUGGAGUGGAGGUGCUGUCCUGGCUUCACGGGGAGCAACUGUGAGGAGGGUUCCUCUGGCCGCCAGCACGGCUCCUUUGCCAGCCAGGACCAAUGCAUGAACUGCACGAGGCUCGCCGAUAUGACCGAGAGGCUGAACACGCUGGAGGCCAAGAUCCUGCUGCUGGAGGCUGCGGAGAAGAGCCCGGCCCUGGAGAACAGCCUGCCCCUCGCCGGCACCGCGGCCACGUGGUUCGAGGAGCUGCUGCCGGACGCCUUCCCCCUGCUGAACCCCGGCACCGUCCUCAGGAAAAACGUGGCAUCUCUUGAGCCUAAAGGACACAGAGGUGCAGAGGAGCAGCUGAUACCACAGGGGAUUCCAGGACAGGUUGGUCCCCCGGGCCCGGUUGGACCCACUGGGCUCCCAGGACCACCAGGGCCAAAAGGAGAGAAGGGACAGCCCGGUGAGAGAGGCCCUGCAGGGCCACCAGGGAUGUUGGGACCUCAAGGACCAAGAGGACUUCCAGGAGAAACUGGGAUCCCAGGUCCCCCAGGUCCUCCAGGGCCACCAGCCACCCCGAGCCUCCCUCUUACCUUCCAGCAAGGGGUUCUCUACUCACUGCAGCCCACAGCUGAAAAGGAAAAUGGAGAACCGCAGCUGGCCUCCACCGUCAUCGACACCAUCAUGGCAGGACUGCCCGGACCGCGGGGAGCGCCGGGGCCCGCGGGGCCGCCAGGGCCACCAGGUGCUUCAGGACCCAAAGGCCCCCCAGGACCCAUUGGAGCCCCUGGAUCACAGGGCUUGCCAGGAUCUCCAGGACAGCCUGGACCAAAAGGAUCCAAAGGAGACCGAGGAGAGAGAGGGCAAGCAGGUCUGCCUGGAGAGAGGGGCAUUAAGGGAUUUCCUGGUGAACCAGGCAAGAAGGGUGAGGAAGGUGACAAAGGCACUGAUGGGGAAGGUGUCCAACAGCUUCGAGAGGCUCUGAAGAUUUUAGCUGAGAGGGUGUUAAUCCUUGAGCACAUGAUAGGAAUUCAUGACUCUUUGUCUUCCAUUGAGCCAGGCUCUGGACAGGAUGUGAUCCCGGGCUCCCCCCUGAGAAGCAGCAUCAAGAUCAAGCGAGGAGGACCCCGGCAGCCCCAGGCCCACCAGAUCCUCUCUUCACUGCUGGAUGAUGCCGAAGCCAGAAGGAGAAGCCACCGGAUGAAGGGAAGUACCAGUUUCCAGGUUUAAGAAGUUGAACCUGCCCUUCAGUGACAAAUGAAUCACUCCACCUGCUGUGUUAACCAGGUCGGACAAGCUGAUGUCAUUCAUGUAGACAGUGAUUUUUGUUAGAAGGGGGAGAUUAAGCAACAAAACUGGCUGGAUUGUUUGUUUUUUUUUUUUUUUACUUUUUAAUUCCCACAUUCUGACAGUUGUCAAACUCAGCCCAGGACAAAAGUGAGCAAAUGGAGUUGUGUUAUUGCCCCUCUGGUUCCUGUGCAGGGCACAGCUGUGUGAGCAAGCUGGGCUGCACUGCUGCAGGGUUUCUGUCAGAGGCUUUCCAAAGAAAAUAUCCUGCAGUCCCUGUGUUCAGCACCCCAAAAGCAAAGCCCAGUGGAAAUUAGGCUAAAAAUGGAGGAGCUCUGCCAGCCCAGCAUUAGCCACACAUUAGAUUGACGGUCCAUAUACACUGUAAAUGUGGCAGUGCUACCAAAAGAGACAUCCAAUUCCAGUCCUUCCUCUAUGGAACCCGGCAUUUUGACAAAUGAGGUUCCAGGCUCCUUCAGGAUGGCUGAAUCCACCAUGCCUUCACUUGGCCCUGCUCUUUAGGAAUCCAGCCAUCCCCAGCCAGGUGAAAUGGCAGAGGCUGAUGCUGGGCAAGCACCAGAGCCUUGCUUUAUCUGCUGUGCAGCUGAGUAACAAAGCUGUGCUGGAGGCAGCAGGGAUGCAAGGUCCUGCCCUGCUUGUGUACCCUCACCCUGCUUGGCCAGUGCCGUGGUGGGGCUCGUUCAGCACCAGCCCACCUGGUUCAGGCUGUGCUUCUGAAUGGUUUGAGUUUUCCACGGGACAUUUCCAAGAAACAAGCCCAGAGCUUUGCAGGACUCUGGGGAGUUCCCUGGCUGCGCUCUGAGUUUCAGCUGGAGUUUAGGGAGGCAAGAAGAUGAGCACAGCUCGAGUGCAGCAGGUUCCUGAGCUCAAGGAGCCAUCCUGUCUUUGCAAUCCCUUUGGGAGAAGGAAAUAAAACCUCUCUGAAUGCAGCCUAGUUUCACACCCAGCACUAACUCUAGACCCAGCACUGAGUCUGAGGAUGUCCAUGGUGCUGUAAGAGCCCAGGUCCCUCCUUCCACUGCUGCCAGGGCAAGAGCUCUGUUUGUGGCCAGCCAAGCAAGGUGCAGCCAUGGGAACGUUCUUGGAAUGAUCAUUCCAUCCAAGAAUUAAAUGUCCAAAAAAAAGGAUGUUUCCUCAUUUGCAGGCUGAUUCCUGUGCAGGAAUUGAGGAGUACUUGGUUACCCCUGUGGUGAAUUGGGACCAUCUUGGUCUGGAUCACAUGGACACUCCAAGACUUCACUGGUGGCUUCCAGGAGAUAAAUCAGCCAGUUGGUGUUGGAAAAUCAGGCCUGAAGAGUGAGGAGAAAUCUCAGUUCAGUCUAAACUCCUGCACUGGGCAGGCUGGUGCCAGCUGUAGUCGAGGCCACAGGAACAAUCUGUCCUCAUGGCAGCUUCAAGAACCAAACCCAACCAAAGCAAUGUUUAAAAAGGGAAAUGGGGAAAUUCAGUUUCGCUGGUCCUGUAGCUACAGGGUUGAAUUUGGGGAAGAGGGAAUACAGUGAGGCCAUUUUUGCUUCUCUGACAUUUCAGAGGCUUCACACUGAACUGAAAGAGAAAUCUUUCUUUCCUCAAGUUCAUCUUCUGAAUUCAAAGAUAUUGCAUGAGCUUGGUGAGUGCUAAUGCUUUAGUCACUCACAUUGCUGAGGCAUUCAUACUGACAAGGAUUUGGAAUUUUUCAUUUUUUAAAACAAAUUACUGACAAGAUGAAAGGAAAAUUUAAUGGAAGUUGUUUGCAAUUAAUUCUGCCAAAUCAAUUGUCAAAGGGCUGUUUAAACUUGGGUUGAGACCACUUUAACUUUUGACAGUAGGAGCUGUGUAAUUUUUUCUCCUUGCUUUGUAUAGCACCACCUCUCUGAUGAGGUACUGUAUCUUUAAAUGGGGGACAGCAGGGUUACAGCACAUGGACUUUCUCUCUCUGCUGGGGUUUCAUUCCUCUCCACUCCCACGUGAGCCGGACCACACUGUUGUGCCACCCCAGUUUAAUUCUGUUUAAAGGUGAGCGCAGCCUCACACACUGACAUUAAUGAAGCUGAUGACCAAGCAAAACCACUCCAACCACGUUCUCCAUCCUAGGCAGGAUCCUGAGGUUCAUUUCAGCCAGGGCAUAUAAUGCUUCUUGCCAUCUCUGUGUAACUUAGGGGAUUUAUUUUGAAUGCGUGCUCAUUUAGAAAUAUAUUUUAAUUGAAAUGUUUAGUGCUUUAUCUUAUGUACAUACUGUGCAAUACCAUAGUGUGUUCUUUUCCUUUUUUUUUUUUUUUUUUCCCUAAGACUUUUUAAAAAUUCUUGGUGUUUGUUUGAGCUCCAGUGUGUUUUUGACUCGGAUCAGCUCUGGUAGUAGUAGCAGUGUUUUCCUUGCCCUGAGCUAACCAGAAGCAGCACAUUGCACAACCAAAACCCUUUGCAAGUCGUGCACCCUCACGUUCACCAGGAACCUGGAACCCCUGGGAGACAGGGAAUGCUCCUCUCCAGAGGGUCUAAUUUGCACUUACUGUAAGGAAUUGAUGGCAAUCCAGGGAAAUAGGAAUAAACUAGGGAGAAGAGCCCUCACCUGCUCCCACCAAACUCCACGGACAUUUUGUCAUCAACUUUCAAAGGAACAGGCCUUACAAAUCAGAUUCAGCCCUGGAGCAGCACGUGCUGGUGCUAUGUGGGCUCUGCUCCAGUGCCUGCCAUGAGCUGUUGUCAUGUGGGACCCUGGGCACUGUGACAAAGGCUUCUAAAGACAAUCAGCUCCUGGAAUUCCCUCCCGAUAGAACGAUUGGAAACCCAUCCUCCUCCACGUUUACAGCUUCUCUCUGACUCAAGAUGACAUUCCACUGGGGGUGUAGGGGUUAAACUGCUCAGAGUCUCUGUGAUUUCUUGGUUUCCUGUGAAGCUGAGGGAUUCAAAGGUGCUAUAUUGUUCACGAGGCACAUUCCCAGCCACAGAAGGAAAUGGUAACUUCUUCACCAGUUAUUUUAAGCAGUAACUUUUUUAUUUAUAUCAGCUGUUUCGUACGUGUGCCAAUGGUCCUGGCUUCUCUCCUGGGAUCAGCUUUACAACCAUUUGGUCUUUUAUAGGGCAGCCAUAGGCAGCAUCUUGCAAUCAUGUGUAAUUUCUUAACUUAGAGCAAGAAUAAAUCUCAUCUGGCAGGAUGAACUCAUUUAUGGCAGGCUUUAAUGUUUGUUGUAAACACAACCUGUUUGUCCCACCUCUUGCAUGGUUACUUAUCUGUUUUCAUAUUGCUAUGUUAUUGUUCAAAAUAUCUAUUUCUCUUUAUUUGCUAUGGGGUUUGUUACUGUAUAUGGAAUGUUUUGUAUUCAGCAUUUUCUUACGGAGCAGAGUGGGAACAGUAUUC